AUGGCUGUGAAUCUACUAGGAAAUUCAGAUAUUGAUGCACGCAUCAUUCUUAAUGUUGGUGGAACGCGUUUUGAAACGUUAAAAUCAACAUUAAAAAAGCUACCGGCAACGCGUCUGUCCAAGUUAACGGAGCAAUUGUCCUACUACGAUCCGAUUUUAAAUGAAUACUUCUUCGAUCGUCAUCCAGGUGUGUUUUCUCAAAUCUUAAACUAUUAUCGAACUGGCACAUUACAUUAUCCGACGAAUGUUUGCGGACCUUUAUUCGAAGAUGAAUUAUCCUAUUGGGGUUUACAAAGAGAAGAUGUCGAGCCGUGCUGUUGGAUGACGUAUACGAAACAUCGAUCAACCGCUGAAACAUUAUCGAUUUUGGACAGCUUAGAACUAGACACAGUCCGUUCGUCACAACAAGAAGUGAUGAAAAAGUUCGGCUGGGACGAUAAUUUUGACUACAUUCAAGGACAUUUACCACGAUAUAAACGAUUGAUGAUGAUUAUUUGGCAAAUCUUCGAAGAACCACGCUCGUCAACAGUUGCCAAAGUGAUUACUGUGAUCUCUAUAUUUUUCAUUCUCGUUUCGAUUCUUUCCUUUGUUCUUCAAACAUUAUCGAUGUUUCGAAUAAGUGAUAUCGACUUCGUCACCGUCUAUGUUAACAAAACUAGUACGGACCGCACACCAACACUUAAUCGACAGAAUGUUCAUCCAUCAUUCGAUGUGGUCGAAUGGAUAUGUAAUACGUGGUUCAUCUUCGAAAUCAUGAUUCGAUUCAUUGUCAAUCCAAACAAGAAAGAAUUUUGCCAAUCAACUCUGAAUAUUAUUGAUUUUCUCGCGACGUCAUGGUUUUAUUUCACAUGGGCAUUAACAAAAUUACAUGUCAAUGAUAAUGAAGCCCUCGAUCUUUUGUCAACGAUACGUAUCAUGCGUUUAUUUAAAUUAUUCAACCAUCAUCCUGGCUUAAAAGUUAUCAUCACAUCAAUGAAAUUCUCCUCAUCCGUUUUGUGGUUGCUUAUCUUCUUUGUUCUCAUUGCUGUCGCCAUAUUCGCGUCAUUAAUUUAUUAUGCUGAACGAAUGACAUCACGACAUCCGGCUGAUAAUAUGUUUGGUUCCAUACCGGAUGCAUUAUGGUUCAACAUAAUCACGAUGUCAACUAUUGGCUACGGAGAUCUGUACCCGAAAACAAUGCUAGGCAUGUUAAUUGGAGCUGUCUCGACAGUGGCUGGCGUAUUGAUUAUUGAUUUACCCAUGCCAAUCAUUGUGGAAACAUUUGCAAAUUUUUACACGCAUUUACGUGCACGUUCGAAAUUACCUAAAACGCGUCGUAAGAUUGGUCCGGCAGAGCCCGUUGUUACUAAACGCGCAGCUGUCACAGCAAUGGAUAAUGGGCAAAAUCUGAAAUUGCUUGGACAAUCUUCCAAAGCAGCCGCAAUGUUCGCAAAUAAAACAAUGAUUAAUAAUAAUAUCAUGUCUUCAGUAGCUUAA